GUGCCAUCGAGCCUCUCAAUCCACUACUCGGGGCCCUGACUGCUGCGGUGGGUUUUUGGAUGAUUUGAAGGGACCAGCGCCCGGCCGCGUGCUAUCCGCCCAUGCCACGGAUGGCACGGAGUUUCUGGCCUCCACCCCGAGGAACUUCUUCCGCUACGCCGGCGACUAUGUUCACGACGCCGCGGUCGUCUUCCGGUUACUGGACACCUUCUGCUUGCGCCGCUCAGUGGCCAACUACUCGAUGCGCACCCAGGCCGUGUACCUGACGCUCCAUAUCGCGCGUUACUUGGAUUUACUUGAUCAUGCGCAGAACUCCUACUUGGUCUUCCACAAGAUUUUCUUUAUCUCAACUUCCUUGAUGGCAUUGAUCUCCUUUCGCUGUUGGUGGGAGACUUAUCAGAAAGACAAGGACACCUGUCCGGCUUUAUCCUUCUCGUUGCUGCUGCUGUUCAUUUGCCCUUGGGUGGCAGAGACGAACACCGAUCUACUGGAAGUCCUAUGGACCUGGUCGCAGGCAUUGGAGGGCUUUGCGAUGGUGCCACAAUACGUGUGUUCCUAUCGCAAUGCAGAGUCGGGCGAGGGAGAUUGUUGGAGCGUCUCGCUGUGGGUUUGUUUGAUGGGAAGCUAUCGCUUCUUCUACCUGCUGAACUGGCUCUUCAAGAAAAGCUUGAUGCAGCACUACUGGGACCCGCGCAGCUGGCUUGGCGGCCUAGUCAACCUUUGCUUUUUCGCGGACUACCUCCUGUUUCUGGCACUUGGCGCCUCCUGCUUGCGUAAGCUGACCUUGACAGUGGACGAUGGCUUGCGGACGGUUGGAAACGAGCUGACCGAACGCUUUGGCGGAUGCCUGCUUUCGCCUGGGCAGCGCUAUGUGGAAAUCGUCCCACCGAGUGCGCCAGAAGCCGAGCUCUCCAGCUACCAAGCGCCGCAACGCCUGGGGGUAGCGACGGAGUAGGGCAAAGAUCCCAAAACCGGAUCGGGCAGGGAUCCAGCAUCCAGCCAUUGAAAGUGCCAAGAGAGGUGGAACGUGACCUUAAAUCGGACCCGUACCUGAGGUACCUAUGGG